GGUUGACUUGGCAACUCUAAUACCAUUUCCUGGUUCUUGAGUUUUUGCUUGGAAGUUUCUGACCAAGAAAACGCGUUACGUAGAAGACUUGGAGAAUAGGAAACUAAUAAAUAGUUAUACUAUUAUGAUCUUAUCUCUUGAUUAGCCCAGUUGAAUCUGUGCUUCUUCUCCUUCUCAACAGCCUCUCUCUGCUAAUUCUCAUUGACAAAAAAAAACAAACACCUUCUGUGCAGAUUGAUGUCUUCUUAUAAUUAUCAACCUUCUCUAUGGAUCAAUGGAACACGAGUUCCUCCUUCUGAUUUUGAUGCUUAUGGGUUUGGAUGGAUGAACCCACCACCUGAUCAAUUUUCCACAGCUUUGAAGGCAACUGCAGAGGUGAAUAAAUGGAUCGUCGUAGCCUCAAUAGCUUCUGCAAUUGUGAGUACUUUAGCUAUUAUUGCUAUUGUAUAUGCCAUAAUCAAUUGCUUGAACAAGGCAGGUAAUGGAAGAUCAGGUUACGCCCGCCUCGAAAUGGGUCAAGGAGACUCAAUUCCUUCACCAGCAGUCUCAAAGGUAGCCAAAAAUGAAGCUUUGAUUACAAUGCCACCUGCUUUCAAUGUAAUUCUGAACUCACAAUUAGAAGCAGCCACUGUAGAGAGGUUUCUCCAUAGUAUAGCAAAGGAGAAACCCAUCAGAUUUUCAACCUCACAGAUGGCUGAGUUUACUAAAGAUUACUCCACAAUAUUGGGUUCUGGUGGAUUUGGGGUAGUGUACAGAGGAGAACUCCCAAAUGGAGUUCCACUGGCCGUUAAAGUCCUGAAAGGGAAUUUAGGCAAGAGAGCUGAAGAGCAAUUCAUGGCAGAAAUAAACACAAUUGGAAGAACAUAUCAUGUGAAUUUGGUAAGACUCUAUGGAUUUUGCUUCGAACCCACGAUGCGGGCACUUGUGUAUGAGUACAUGGAGAAUGGAUCCCUUGACAGAUUCUUGUUUAGGGAGAACAGGACAUUGAAAUGGGAGAAGCUACAUGAAAUUGCAGUUGGGACAGCAAAAGGGAUUGCUUACUUGCAUGAGGAGUGUCAACAGAGAAUAAUUCACUAUGAUAUAAAACCAGGGAAUGUUCUUCUUGAUUCAAAACUAUGCCCCAAAGUUGCAGAUUUUGGAUUGGCUAAGCUUUGUAAUAGGGAUGAUACUCAUGUAAGCAUGACAGGUUAUAGAGGGACACCAGGGUAUGCUGCACCUGAGCUAUGGCUGCCAUUCCCAGUGACCCAUAAAUGUGAUGUAUAUAGCUUUGGUAUGCUUUUAUUUGAGAUUGUAGGUAGGAGAAAAAACCUCAACCCUAAUGAAAGUGAGUCUGAUGAAUGGCUACCCAAAUGGACUUGGGAAAAGUUUGAGAAAGGGAAGCUAAUGGAACUAAUGGAAGUUUUUGGUAUUGAAGAAGAAGAUAAGGGAAAAGCAGAGAGAAUUUCAUUGGUAGCCUUGUGGUGUGUUCAACACUCACCUGAGGCAAGGCCUCUUAUGAGUACUGUGGUCAAGAUGUUAGAGGGAGGAGUUGAAAUUGCUCCCCCUCCAAACCCAUUUCAGUAUCUGGUUUCUGUUUGUUUGGGUUCGACCAAGUCAUCAAAUGGAAGCAAUGGAGCCUCGAAUUCUUCAUCAUCAAGAUCAGAGCCAAUAGAGAAACCUUCUAGUACAUCUUAUGAUUCCGCAAUUAAGAGAAUGUCAGAGAUAGAGCUAGCUUACUAGUUAAAAAGGAAAAGUGAACUAUUAUGUUGUACUUAAAUCUCUCUCUCUCUCUCUCUCUCUCUCUCUCUCUCUCUCUCUCUCUCUCUCUCUCUCUCUCUCUCUCUCUCUCUCUUAUUGUAAGUUCCUUCAAUUCAUUUAUUCAUGUAGUAUAUCAUGUGGUUUAGCAAAUCAUCCA